AUGUAGCGAAUUAAAAUACUCAACAACUCUUCUUUGCUUUCACAAAAUGCAACACUGAGUGUGCUCUUGGUUUUUCAUCAUCUGUGUUGCAAAUAUUUGGUUGUUAAAAUGUGCAAUUUGACAUCAAUAUACUACAUCGGUCACUACUUGCAGUAAGUAUUAUACCAAUUUCUAAUUAGAUCCUAAAUCUACUGUAUGUGCUUGUAUCUGUCCAUCAGGAUAUAAUUUAAGGUAUAAGGAAAAUUCUUUGCUUUAUUAAACCUGCGUCACUUGUUAAUAACAUUGUCGUUCAUGCUCAAAUAUGAGUGGCAGCAUAUGUCAAACUACCAAUACAAAUGCUCAUAACUCUGGACUUCAUGUUAAAAUAGCUAAGUGAUCGCUCUGCCAAUAAUGUUUGUGCUGCAUGCACAAGUCAAUGCACUAAUUGUAUUUUGA